UUGAUGACAUCAUAUUAUUAAAUUGUGUAUAAUUACUCCUUAAAACACCCUAUGUUUUGGGCGUUGCUACAUAUGGUGCAUGCUACAGUUAGCAAAUUUCUAAGAGCGGAGACUGCUUUAACAAGAACAUUUUUGGGCAGCGUGACUUCAGCACCCCUGGCUGAGAAGCACAGACCCAUGUCUAACAACAGGGAUCACAAACUCAAACACUGCAGCAACAAUGCAGAUGCAUAUACAAUGCAAGCUGUUUGACAUCGAGACAAAGAGACAGAGAUGGAGGCGGUUACAAACAACGUGCAGGAGUGAAAGCGUAGACUGACUGUAUGCAUAAUUAUUAACAGGUGAGGGAUAGUUAUGUGCAGUCACGAACAAUAAGUCACCUUAACUGCUUUAGCAUGAUGCUUGGGGGACCACACGAGCCUGCCUCCUUCGCUCGCAUCCACGAGCGCACCGCCCCGUCGGCACCUCCCCAGCCAAUGGGAGACCGCGCGCGAGGUGACUGGACGAUCCAUAAAUGGCUUUUUGGGGAAAAGGUAGAGGGUUCUUUUCUCUCUAUCUUUUCCUUUGAGUGGACUCUGGUAUCCUAUAUUUUUGUUGGUUCUUUCGCAGCGCGAGUGUUUCCCCCCCUUGCACGGGACAGGGCUUGCAGGUCCUCCACACCCACGGGUUCGCUCCGUUUAGUUUUUGGCUCCGUUAGACUCACUACACCGGCACGUCGGUUCAUUCAUCCUCCCGCUGCCGCUCCUCCAUCCGAGUCUUCUCGCCGACUUCACCGGCUUUUACACUUUGUCCGCCCGAGACUACCGUUACCGUCCGUAACACCAACAGCCUGACACAAGAAUGGUCAUGGGGUCGACAGAGACACAGUGGCGUCAGGCAGAGCUCCCACAGCUCCAGGGCUGGGCAGAGAAGGGAUUGCUGACACAGCCAAAGAUGGUAAGGAGACAAAUGGAUGGCCCAGCCAUUUUACGCACCCAUGAGAUCAUCAGUAACAUGGAGGCUCCUGUGUCAAAUGGCCCCAGCGGAGGAGGCACCACAGCCAACGGGCCGACCACCAACAGCCGCGGCUGUCCCUCGCCCAUGCAGACUGGCCAAUCAAAUGACGACAGCAAGACCAACCUCAUUGUCAACUACCUGCCGCAGAAUAUGACCCAGGAGGAGUUCCGCAGCCUGUUUGGUAGCAUCGGCGAGAUCGAGUCCUGCAAGCUGGUUCGCGACAAGAUCACAGGACAGAGUCUGGGCUACGGCUUUGUCAACUACAUCGAUCCAAAGGACGCAGAGAAAGCCAUCAACACGUUAAAUGGACUCAGACUUCAGACCAAAACGAUCAAGGUGUCAUAUGCACGACCCAGCUCAGCCUCCAUCCGUGAUGCCAACCUGUAUGUGAGCGGCCUGCCCAAGACUAUGCCUCAGAAGGAGCUGGAGCAGCUCUUCUCCCAGUACGGACGCAUCAUCACCUCCCGCAUCCUCGUCGACCAGGUCACAGGCCCCGCAGGUGGCUCCCGAGGUGUGGGCUUCAUCCGCUUUGAUAAGAGGAUAGAGGCUGAGGAGGCCAUCAAGGGCCUGAACGGACAGAAGCCAACAGGGGCCGCCGAGCCCAUCACGGUCAAGUUCGCCAACAACCCCAGCCAGAAGACCAGCCAAGCCCUCCUGUCACAACUCUACCAGUCCCCCAAUCGCCGAUACCCAGGCCCCCUCCACCACCAGGCUCAGAGGUUCAGGCUGGACAAUUUGCUUAAUAUGGCCUAUGGCGUAAAGAGGUUCUCCCCCAUCACCAUUGACAGCAUGACCAGCCUGGUUGGCAUGAACAUCCCUGGGCACACGGGCACUGGUUGGUGCAUCUUCGUGUACAACCUGUCGCCAGAUUCGGAUGAGAGCGUGCUCUGGCAGCUGUUCGGGCCCUUCGGCGCAGUCAACAACGUCAAGGUGAUCCGUGACUUCAACACCAACAAGUGCAAAGGCUUCGGCUUCGUCACCAUGACGAAUUACGACGAGGCGGCCAUGGCCAUCGCCAGUCUCAACGGCUACAGGUUGGGCGACCGCGUCUUGCAAGUCUCCUUCAAGACUAACAAGACACACAAGUCCUGAACUUUAACAGAUAGAAGCAGUUGCCCCGCGACUUUGUCUGCUCCCAAAUUGCCCCCAACCUCCCCCCCCCCACCUCCACCCGUCCCUUAGCCCCUUCAGUCACUACCACUACCACCCUACUACAGCCAUCCAACACAGCAAACUCAAACUCCAACCGGAACACAAAGCAACCGACAAACCAUUAAACAAAUUGAACUAGAAAUGGCUUAUAUUAUAACUUUGGACCUAUAAGCCAAUGUUGCCUAUGUAUUACAAAAAUGAAACGAUGAAACAUGUUCAUGAAUUUUUUGGAAGCUCCUGUGAUAAUGCAGGCUUCUCUUUGUUGUAUAUUCUUUCUGUUUGUUGUGGUUGUUUAAAUGAUUUCUCUCUUCUGUGUAAACAGUAGCAAAUCCCUAUAUUCCCCCUUAUUUCAGAGAAGAGAAUGUCCUUUUUAGAUUGAAACCUUUUCUCUGUCUUGAUUCAGGAUUUGUUUUUCUUUUGUAAAUCCGGAUCCACUGUCGUUAGUAUUAUAUACCUCCCUGUCGAUAAAAGGGAGGGGGCUCUUUUUUAAAUUGGUGAACCAUUCAUUCAUUUUUAGUGUGUAUCCAAAAGUUCCCCUUAUCUAUUAUAGAUGGGAUUCCACAAUCCCACAAACUGAUGUAGAAAAAAAAAAAAGAAUUUCUAACAUUGUUUUUGUUUUGUAACGCAAAACAAAACAUAACGUCUUUCCUCACAGUGGUUCAGGGAGAUGGGGCGAGGGAGGGGAUGGGUUAGCUUUCCUGAUGACACGUUCAGUAAUUUAAGAGAAAAAAAAUAACACUGUUGCCAAAGAGAAGAUCUCUUUGCUUGAAAAAAAAUGCGUUUAGAAAAAGAUAAAAAUAAAAGAGAAAGAAGAUCUAUUUUUAUAAAUGAUAAUUAAAAUAAUAAUUAUUGAAGAAUUUUUACAAGAAUCUGGAUUUGAAAAAAGAGAAAAAUAUUUUGACUGGCUAACUAGGGGGGGCCGGGGCGGGAGGGAGGGGGCACCACCUUGUCUUGUCGUUCUGCCGUGGUACUUUAUAGGAUCAAAGGUUGUUUGUUUUUUGGGAAAUCCAAGUUGGCAGUGAUUUUGUAGAUGGAAGGGAUGCAAACUGAGGCAGGUGAUUUUGGUAAUUUUUCACAUAUGUACUAGUGCGUAAUUAUUCAACAGCGAUACCCAAAAGGGAAGGGAGAGGGGUCUUUCCAAGGCCUAACCAUCCUUAUAGUCCAGAGCCCAAAGCAAGAAGACCCUUUGUCCACUUGUUUUCCUGUUUUUGUCAUCAGUUAAUAUGGGAUAUCAGUAAAUAGAUAUAUACACAUCUAUCCAUUUAGAGAGCAUACUAUACAUUAUCUAUAUCAUUUUCUUCGCUCUGCGUUUGUGAACUUACAUUUGAAAAGAACUUCCUUUUAGCGAUCAACAGUAGGUGCUAUACUACAUUAUUCACAUAUCUUAAAUAUCCAACUUUGUUGUUCUAUGUGUUGUUUAACGAAAAAAAAAAAACUUUGAUGUUGGCAUUGAAUUGAGCUGCUGUUCUUUGUUUAAUAUUUGUUUAUUGUUGGCCCAAAAAUCUGGUGAGACUAUUUCUUUGCUGAAUAACCAGAUGAACGAAUUUGGGCCUUGUAAGAAUCACUGAACAAAUUUUGAUUUUGUAUUUUUUUGUUUGGCUUGCUGACUUUUAGGUUACUUGCUGAGCGUGAAACGUUUGUCAAAACUAAAUGAUGAUUAGCUAGUUCCGUUAGUCUAGAUAUUUGUUUCCUUAAAAAGGAUCUAUGACAACUGUGUCUUUAUUUGCUGUGUACAAAUAGAUGAUAUAUAUAUACAUAUAUAGUCUACAUUUGUUUUACAAUAUCUACUGUACUAUAUGAGUUGUCACUGUUCUUUUGUUUGAGCUUGUCUGUUUCAUAUGACAACUUAUUAUGAAGUGGUGGUUCAGUUACUUAGAAAAACUUGUGAGGAAACUGUUCAAUUGUUGUCAUGUUGCUUGUGGAGAAAAAAAAAAGAUUUGGAUUAACUUUCAGUUAGCUACCGCGGCAAAAGAAACCGAACAAAAGCUUAGAAUAUAACUGUAUUUGUUUAUCUGCUUAUUUACUUAUCUAUUUUUUAAACUAUUUAUUUUUCUAUUUAUUUGUAUUUAUUAUAUAUUUAUUAAUUGAUUAAUUUAUCUGUGUAUUUAUGUAUUUAUUUGUUUCAUUGUCUGUGUAUUUGCGUGAUUCUGGUACAGGGAGGGGGCGUUUCUGAGCAAAAGGGAACAAAGCGACUAGUGGAGAGGCUCUUCCAGUAGUCCACUGCACUGAGAGAACUUUUAGUACGUUCGUGCUUUGUACCAAUAUAUCAAAAUUACAAUAUAAAAAAAUCUAAAAGUCAAGAAAACUGAAAAAAAUGUCCGGAGGGUUGGGGGACGCUCUUCCCUUAUUACUAGAAACAGUUACUCGCUAUGCAUAACCUAGUUAAUAGUUAAAUUUGCUAUUGCUUUUUUCUUGUCUUGUUAAAAUGAAAUCUUUAGAUCUUUUUCAAUAAAGUUUAGUCUUAAUAGAAUGUUAUAAACAGUCGUUCUGGUUCAAUAUAACCUGUGAUAAGUUUGUGUUGUUCUAAAAAGCCACUCCGUCCACACCCUCCCUCCACUUACUACCGCUUUGUGAUGAAACCUUAUGCAAAAAUGUGGGUCUGAAAGCAUAGUUUUCAGUUUUCAGUAAAACAUUUUAUAUAACAUUCAGCUCUUGGAGGCUUGGGCAGAUACAUUUUAAAAAGGAGCAAAUGCCCGUUGUUGUUUGAGGGUCAUUCAUUGCACUGGACUAAAUCGGUCAAAAUCACUUAAGAGUCAAAACUUAUUUUUAAAAAUAUUCAUCAUGUUUUCAAAUGACAUACCAACAAAUCUUUAAAAAUGAGAAAUUGUUACCAUUGCACACCAACUGUUAUUUACAGCAGUUGUUGCUAUACUUAAGAAGUACUCUGGAGCUUUGAAAAGGGAUUGUACCGAUUCUAUAUUUUAUAUACUCUAAUAUGAUAUAUAUUAUAUAUUUUGAAAGGUGAAAGGUAAGGGAAUGGUUCCAGAAGUAUAAAUAUACGGAAUUGGAUUUUUUUGUUUGUUGUUAAGACUUGAAAACAUGAAGGAGGUGUGUGGAGAGCAUUUCAAACACUCAGACGCAUGCUCGCAUUAAGUACAUCCUUCUCUCUCACACCUCAGUCAUCUGACAGGCCGGGUCAUCUUAUAUCGUCAUUAUUAUCCCGUCAUCAUCUGCGCCAUCCAAUCACAUAGUUUUCUAACGUCAUAAUGGCAACAAACCAACCCACCCACCCACCCACCCACCCACCAACCAAACAACCAGACCCCUUCAUGCUCCCCGCCGUCGGGAGCUUGAAUUAUGCAACGACCCCAAUAGAAUGUUGUUCUGAUGUGUGAACUAAUUUCCUACACUGUAUGACUUUUGAACUCUUACGAUGCGUGCCUGUGUUCCGCCGAGACCCUGUGUGCACAUGUGUGUGUGUGUGUGCGUGUUUGUGUGUGUGUGUGCGCGCAUGUGUGCAUGUUUGUAUGCAUGUUCCUUUAUGUAAUUGUGUGCGUGUUGUGCGUUUGUCCUCAUAUGUUUGUUAGCGUGGAGUACAUCCAAAUGUGCGUAUGUACAGUACUGUAUAUACAUUUGUUAUGUGUUUGUGACUGUGUGUAAGCGUGUGUGUGUGUUUGUGCAUUUGGGUCUGUUUAGUGCACAUGUAUACAAACGUAUAUAUGUGUGUCUCCCUGAGUGCAUGUGCGCGCGUGAGAGACAGAAAAACGGCGCGUGCAGUCGCUUUGAAAUGUGUGCACGUGCGUGCGAGUGUGCGUGAAAGUGUGCGCAUGUCAGGGUGUUUGAAACAUGGGGCUGCGUCACCUCGCUCUAUGCCCAACCCCUAUGGCUCACACCAUCCCCUGUAGCGCCUUAUAGUGGCAGCCUGCCAGUAGGAACAACGCAGCCAGUAGUGGAGGAGGGAAGGUGAACAGAGGAACUAGGCUCUUCUUGUCAGUUUUCAUUUUCCUCCUGAGACGUGUUUGUUUACUAUCUGAAAAAUCUAUAAACGAAAUCUUCAAAGACAAAAAAGACGAAAAAAUUUUCACAGGGCCCCAUGACCGCGGCUCUCUCUUCUCUCUCCUGCUUAUGUUAUUACUUAACAAUGAUCAAUGAUGAUUAUUAUGAUUAUUAUUGCUAUUAUUCUUAGUAUUCUUAUUCUUAUUAUUAAUCCAAUUACUGCGAUGAAUGACUUCAUGUUAUCCUUGCUAGUUUAGGUCAUUUCUGAAACUGGAAACAAAAAUAAAAAUCUUGCUGUAAAUGUUUGUUUUUUCUUUUUCAUAAAACUGUUGUGUUUGAAUUAUUUGUACUUUUGAAUGUUGGGACAAUAAAAUGAGGUGUUAAGAGCUU